CAUAAGCACAAGGCACUUUUUUUUCAUACCCUGUGAGUCCUUCACUCUCCAACUUUCUGGGAAGGUGCUGAUGUAGGAGGAAGAGGCUGUGGCAAUCCACUCUUGCCAUUGUGGGGGUUAGGGCAACACUAAACUCAGUCCAGUUAUCAGAACAGACAGCCCUAGAGCCAGCAGAGUACAAACCAUUUUACCUGUAAUCAACAUUCUCAAAAGGACUAUUCUCCAUUUUGGUCUGAGUGCUUAUCUUUCCCUGAAAUGAAAGCUGUUAGCGCACUACAUGACAGUACUUCUCAGGAGCAGGUUGAAUUCAUUUACUCUUAGGGGAAACAGAAAUACUGCGUAAGAAAGCUCAUACAAGAGACCAUGGGGGAGCUGGAACUAUUGCAGUAGAGUUUCAGUUUCCUUACUCAGCCAAACAUUAUCAGUCCCACACCUUGUAUGUAGUGGCUUGCCAAAGCAAGAGAAUCCUCAGCUCAUGUAGGAUAAAAUUUAAGGAAGCAUGCAUGUAGUAAAACUUUUCUCUCUAAAUCUGUGGUUCAGACCACUGCUAAAAGACAUAUGACUGCUGUACAAUGCUUUCAGCUGCUCAGCUGUGACUAUGGUGUUCCAGCUAGAAUUAAGCAUUCUUCUGUGCAUUGCUAGUGUGCCUGUAGGACCACACCUACUCCAGAAGCUAGAAAAAUUGUUUUGGGGUACAUGGGAAGAUAAAAGCAGAGAAUACAAGCCAGUGCUUUUUCCCAAAGAUUGUUGCAGCUUUCUUGCUUAUUCAUAUCAGCCUGCUAGUAUAAACUCAAGAGGUACAAAAAUAAGGUACAAGAGGAGGACUUCUUUAGACAUAAAUAAGUGCUAUGGAUUAAUUGCAAACACAGUACAUUGUUGUAUACUGUGCCCAGAAGAGCUUUUGUGAUCAUACUAUAAGAAAAACGGGCAGCUCUUGCCAAGAAAUCAGUUGUAGAGAUGGCUGAAUACAUGCAUGCAGUAUCUUUUAAGUAAAAACAAAACAAUAAAGCAUAUCUUUUUAUCAGGUUUGAUGCUGUUUGCUACAGUUACAGUGGGCAAUAAUGCUCUUUCAAAUUUUCCAGCACAAAGUCCUAAUCCAAGGAUAUUCUAACAAAGCGAGACAAAUGCUCACUCAACACAAGAACAGCCUGGCAUUUCUGCAGUGAAAUAUGAAGCUAAGGCCAAAUACCAAGGUCAAGUUUUACAGGCAAAACUUUCAGAAACUCCGAUGGCUGGCUGUGUGAAUGAAGACAUCACACUUUGGCCUGUGACUGGUAUCACGUGUGGAAAGCAUUUUUCUUCUAGAAAAACAAAGCAAUCUGAACUGCAUAGUUCCGGCAAACUGUUUUCGCACUUGCAUUAAUCUUUUUGUGCUGCAGUUUCCUUACGGAUAUUUCAGGCAAUUUUAAAUGGACACCACCUCUAAGGAGUCUAGCACUGAAGCCACUGUUAUCUUUGGCACUAUGAGGAAGGAAUGUAAGAUUUGUCUACUAGCUUUAAUAAAAUGUGAAGAUAUUCUUGGUUCAGGUUCAAAAAAUGACAUAUCCAUUUGGCAAAUAAGAAACAUUAUCUCAAAGCUACUUUGCCUUCUUGCCCUACACCUCUAUACAGUACGUUCCACAUUCUUUUUCUUGCCCAAAGAAUUUUAAGGACAAGUCUCUCCAGAUGGCUGCCCUCUUCUGGACAGAAUGAGAAAAUGUUUGAUUAUUUCCACAUGGAUAAAGUGCAGUGGGCUGGGUUUCUGUGGAUGACAAUCUAAUUCUUUUUCCUCAUGUUUCUGUGUAAUCACAAAGGUUACACUUUGCUAGAAUGAGAACUAUGAAAUCCAGGUGGCUGCUUCACAGUUCUCCAGUUCUCAAUGUAGUUAGCCAACUGUCUAUUGCUUUUUUUUUUUUUUAUCUUAUGCACUUUUUCACUUUUGCAUUUCUUCUCUAUAUUUAUCAAUGAUAAAUUAAUUUUAAUAAACACACUGUUGUUUCAUUACAAGGGCUUAAUCCUCCUUCACAAAAAUAAUGGAAAACAUUUCCAUAUUUCUUUGCUGCUUAAGGUAAACAUGUUAAACAGAACAUUAUGGCUGGAAGGGGUUUUCUGUCAUCUUCUUCCUCUGCCCUAAGUCAGGAUCAAAUAUUUCUUUGCUACUCUGGAUCGGUGUUUGGCUGACCUCUGUUAAAGGCUGCUGGUAACGAGGACUGCACAAUUUUUGCAGACAACCCAGUCCACUGCUACACCAGUUAACUAUUAGUGUUCCUUUAGGAACGCUAUAGACUGAUGACAGGAGUAAAGGGCUCUAGAGAUCAAUUUCAAAAGAGCCUAUUCAUCAGGGAGCCCAAAGUUUCUUUAAAUCGAGUGCAAGGAUUAAGAUGUAAAGUAGAAAUGCUGAUGACAAAAAAUCCCUGAAAGAGUUUCAGGGAUUGGAAUCAGGAAGUUAGAGGCUUUUCUCUGUAUUAUGUAUGCGUAGUCAUACAACCAGUGCAUGCUUUGAAACUUUCACUGCACAUCUGUGCAUCACUGCAUGGACUAGGCACCAAGCCAACGGCUGAAUUCCUACGAGUCCGUGCAGCUCCCACACGUUUACAGCACUAGGACCCAGAGGGAGCUUCAUUUCUGUGAGUCAGUGCAGCUAGCUGAGUCCUGAGAGCACUGAAUGAGGCUGGAAAGACAGAGGGAAUGUGAAUGGCUCUUCUGGCUUGGGAAAGUGUCCACGGACCGGGGUGCUGCAGACUACAAAACAGCUUGGACAACUCUCCAGAUUCCCUGUUCCUCCGGUGUCGAGUGAUACAGCUCUAAGUGGAACGCAGAGUAAGCAACUCCCAGACUCAGCUACGCUGCCAAACUGGCCCGAUGGCAUGUUGCAGCCAAGCCCAGCUCAGCAUCUGGAUGAAAUAAAGACCUUUCUGGGGAGCAGUUUUUUGUGCAGUAUACUCAGAGGCAGCCUGAACUUGGACAAAUCCCAUCUGCCCUUGUGACAUGUGAUGUCUGAGCUCUUCUGGGAAGGAGCCUGGGCUUUAUCUGCCCAAAAUCAGCAAUGUGGUGCGUCCUGAAAGGGCAGAUGGGAUAGAUGGAGGCUGCUGGAGGCUGCUGAGCCAGCCAGAGUGCUGGGGCAUGUCCACAUGGCAGGUGCAUAGCGUAAUGUCCAUGCUGUACUACACUCUGAUUAUAGCUUUUUUCAUCGGCACACAGGCAGCUCCAAAGUCAGAAGACAAUGCUCCACUGGAGUAUCCUGCAGAACACUCCCUACCCAAAUCCCACCAGAGUAACGGACACCACAUUUCCAAGGCAGCUCCACAGACAACCCACAGCCACUCUACUUGGACGAUAGGUAGAAGAGAAGAUAUAAAUAUUACCAUGGACCCAAAUUUAUUUAAGAAGAAGCGUUUCCGGUCUCCUCGGGUCCUGUUCAGCACACGGCCCCCUCCAGUGUCAGGGCAAGGACAGAAUAUGGGACAGCUCAGCAGUGCAGUCUCUCUUAACAGGACUGCCAGGACCAAGAGGACAGCGCAUCCUGUAUUGCACCGGGGAGAGUUCUCAGUGUGUGACAGUGUCAGCAUGUGGGUUGGGGACAAAACCACAGCCACUGACAUCAAAGGCAAAGAGGUGACAGUGUUGGGAGAGGUCAACAUUAACAACAACAUUUUUAAACAGUACUUUUUUGAGACCAAGUGCAGGGACCCUAAGCCAGUCUCCAGUGGGUGCCGAGGGAUUGAUGCGAAGCACUGGAACUCUUACUGCACCACAACACACACCUUUGUCAAAGCACUGACAAUGGAGGGCAAGCAAGCAGCCUGGCGGUUUAUUCGAAUUGACACAGCCUGCGUGUGUGUGCUUAGCAGGAAGUCAGGGAGACCCUGAGAUGGAGCUAAACCCCACAACAACAUCCUCCUACCCCCCUACCUCAGCUUGUAAAUUAUUUUAAGUUAUAAAAGGACUGCAUGGUGUAUUUAUAGUUUAUACAGUACAGAAAGAACUUCAUUAUUUAUUAAACUCUCUUGGAAACCUUU